GGGGCCGGGGACACGGCGGGGCCCGGCCGCAGGCGGAGACCGACCCGAGAGCUGUCCGAGCAGGAAGCGAGCAGGAGCUCGGCUGCUGCCGCCUUGUGCCUGUGCUCUUCCGCGUCAUCGUCUUCCUCCCUCACUUUCGUCACCUUUCACCCCGCCCGCCCUCCAGCCUCACCUGCGACAGGUAGCUCCGCCGCCGCACACCUGCCUCCGCUCUCGCACGGGAGAUAGUGGAGAGCCUUCAGACAUGGAGGAUGGAAAGCCCGUUUGGGCACCACACCCUACAGAUGGAUUUCAGAUGGGCAAUAUUGUGGAUAUUGGCCCUGACAGCUUAACAAUCGAACCCUUGAACCAAAAAGGAAAGACAUUUUUGGCUCUUAUAAACCAAGUGUUCCCUGCAGAAGAGGACAGUAAAAAGGAUGUGGAAGAUAACUGUUCACUAAUGUAUUUAAAUGAAGCCACACUUCUCCAUAAUAUCAAAGUUCGGUAUAGUAAAGACAGAAUUUAUACAUAUGUUGCCAACAUUCUGAUUGCAGUGAACCCAUAUUUUGACAUACCUAAAAUAUAUUCAUCAGAAGCAAUAAAGUCUUAUCAAGGAAAAUCUCUUGGGACAAUGCCCCCUCAUGUCUUUGCAAUUGCUGAUAAGGCUUUUCGAGACAUGAAGGUGCUCAAGAUGAGUCAGUCUAUCAUUGUAUCUGGAGAAUCAGGAGCUGGCAAAACAGAAAAUACAAAAUUUGUUCUAAGAUAUCUGACUGAAUCUUAUGGAACGGGUCAAGAUAUUGAUGAUAGAAUUGUUGAAGCCAACCCACUCUUGGAAGCCUUUGGAAAUGCAAAGACUGUUCGCAACAAUAAUAGCAGUCGAUUUGGAAAAUUUGUAGAAAUACAUUUCAAUGAAAAGAGUUCAGUUGUUGGAGGAUUUGUUUCACAUUAUCUUCUAGAGAAAUCUAGGAUCUGUGUUCAAGGCCAAGAGGAAAGAAACUAUCAUAUCUUUUAUAGGUUGUGUGCUGGUGCUUCUGAAGAUAUUAGGGAAAAACUUCAUUUGAGCUCCCCAGAUAAUUUUCGGUAUUUAAACCGAGGCUGCACUAGAUACUUUGCCAGCAAAGAAACUGACAAGCAGAUUUUACAGAACCGCAAAAGUCCUGAGCAUCUGAAGGCAGGUUCCUUGAAAGAUCCUCUGUUAGAUGACCAUGGAGAUUUUAUUAGAAUAUGCACAGCCAUGAAAAAGAUUGGUUUGGAUGAUGAAGAAAAGCUCGAUCUGUUCCGGGUGGUGGCUGGUGUCCUGCACCUUGGAAACAUUGAUUUUGAGGAAGCUGGCAGCACUUCAGGUGGUUGUAAUCCGAAGAAUAAAUCUACUCAGUCAUUGGAAUAUUGUGCUGAGUUAUUGGGUUUGGAUCAAGAUGAUCUCCGUGUGAGUUUAACCACAAGAGUCAUGCUCACAACAGCAGGGGGGACCAAAGGAACAGUUAUAAAGGUACCUUUGAAAGUGGAACAGGCAAACAAUGCCCGUGAUGCCUUGGCAAAGACUGUCUAUAGCCAUCUUUUUGAUCAUGUGGUAAAAAGAGUAAAUCAGUGUUUUCCUUUUGAAACAUCAUCCUAUUUUAUUGGAGUCCUAGAUAUUGCUGGUUUUGAGUACUUUGAACAUAACAGUUUUGAACAAUUUUGCAUCAACUAUUGUAAUGAAAAACUUCAACAAUUUUUUAAUGAAAGAAUUCUGAAAGAGGAACAAGAACUCUAUCAAAAAGAAGGUUUGGGUGUUAAUGAAGUGCAUUAUGUGGAUAAUCAGGACUGUAUAGACUUAAUUGAAGCAAAAUUAGUAGGAAUACUGGAUAUUUUGGAUGAAGAAAAUCGCCUUCCCCAGCCAAGUGAUCAACACUUUACAUCUGCAGUUCACCAGAAGCACAAGGACCAUUUCCGACUCACUAUUCCCAGGAAAUCUAAGCUGGCAGUACAUAGAAAUAUCAGAGAUGAUGAAGGCUUCAUUAUCAGGCAUUUUGCAGGAGCAGUGUGCUAUGAAACAACACAGUUUGUGGAGAAAAAUAAUGAUGCUUUGCACAUGUCUCUUGAAUCCUUAAUAUGUGAAUCCAGAGAUAAGUUUGUACGGGGAUUAUUUGAAUCAUCCACAAAUAACAACAAAGAUACCAAACAAAAGGCAGGAAAACUUAGCUUCAUCAGCGUAGGAAACAAGUUUAAGACACAGUUAAAUUUGCUUCUGGAUAAACUUCGAAGUACUGGAGCAAGCUUCAUUCGUUGUAUCAAACCUAAUUUAAAGAUGACAAACCACCACUUUGAAGGUGCUCAAAUUUUGUCUCAACUUCAAUGUUCAGGAAUGGUGUCUGUUCUGGACUUGAUGCAGGGUGGUUUUCCAUCACGAGCUUCAUUUCAUGAACUCUAUAACAUGUAUAAAAAGUAUAUGCCAGAUAAACUUGCAAGAUUGGAUCCUAGGCUGUUUUGUAAGGCUCUUUUUAAAGCUUUGGGCUUAAAUGAAAUUGACUACAAGUUUGGGUUAACAAAAGUAUUUUUUAGACCUGGCAAGUUUGCAGAAUUUGAUCAGAUUAUGAAGUCUGACCCUGACCACUUAGCAGAGUUGGUUAAAAGAGUCAAUCAUUGGCUUAUCUGCAGUCGCUGGAAGAAAGUUCAAUGGUGCUCCCUCUCAGUCAUCAAACUAAAAAACAAAAUAGCAUACCGAGCUGAAGCCUGCAUUAAAAUGCAAAAGACCAUUCGAAUGUGGCUUUGCAAAAGGAGACACAAACCUCGCAUUGAUGGCUUGGUUAAGGUGGGCACACUGAAAAAACGACUUGAUAAAUUUAAUGAAGUAGUAAAUGCUUUGAAAGAUGGAAAGCCAGAGGUGAAUAAACAGGUCAAGAAUCUUGAAAUUUCUAUUGAUGCUUUGAUGGCCAAGAUUAAGUCCACUAUGAUGUCAAGAGAACAAAUACAGAAAGAAUAUGAUGCACUAGUUAAAAGCUCAGAGGAACUCCUCAGUGCACUACAGAAAAAGAAACAGCAGGAGGAAGAAGCAGAAAGACUGAGACGUAUUCAAGAAGAAAUGGAAAAAGAAAGAAAAAGACGUGAAGAAGAUGAACAACGUCGAAGAAAGGAAGAGGAGGAAAGGCGGAUGAAACUUGAGAUGGAAGCAAAGAGAAAACAAGAGGAAGAAGAGAGAAAGAAAAGGGAAGAUGAUGAAAAACGCAUUCAGGCUGAAGUGGAGGCGCAGCUGGCCCGGCAGCGGGAGGAGGAAUCCCAGCAGCAGGCGGUGCUGGAGCAGGAGCGCAGGGACCGCGAGCUGGCCCUGCGGAUCGCCCAGAGCGAGGCCGAGCUCAUCAGCGACGAGGCCCAGGCCGACCUCGCGCUGCGCAGCUUGAAUUCCCAUCCGGUAACUUCUAAAAAUGAUGGAGCAAGACCCAAAAUGACACCGGAACAAAUGGCCAAAGAAAUGUCAGAAUUUCUGAAUAGAGGUCCUGCUGUACAAGCCACCAAGGCAGCUGCUGGUACAAAGAAACAUGAUCUUAGUAAAUGGAAAUAUGCAGAACUACGUGACACCAUCAAUACUUCUUGUGACAUUGAGCUCCUGGCAGCUUGCAGAGAAGAAUUUCAUAGGAGACUAAAAGUAUAUCAUGCUUGGAAAUCCAAGAACAAGAAGAGAAAUACGGAAACAGAGCAACGUGCUCCCAAGUCUGUUACUGACUAUGAUUUUGCACCAUUUUUGAACAAUUCACCUCAGCAGAACCCAGUGGCUCAGCUUCCUGCCAGGCAGCAGGAGAUUGAAAUGAACCGACAGCAGCGCUUCUUCCGUAUCCCAUUCAUCCGCCCCGCCGACCAGUACAAAGACCCGCAGAGUAAGAAGAAAGGCUGGUGGUACGCCCACUUCGAUGGACCAUGGAUUGCCCGGCAAAUGGAACUCCAUCCUGACAAGCCACCCAUCCUUCUUGUGGCUGGUAAGGAUGACAUGGAGAUGUGUGAGCUGAAUCUGGAAGAGACAGGCCUAACUCGAAAGCGUGGUGCUGAGAUUUUGCCAAGACAGUUUGAAGAAAUUUGGGAACGCUGUGGAGGCAUCCAGUACCUUCAGAAAGCGAUUGAGAGCAAACAGGCUAGGCCCACAUAUGCAACUGCCAUGCUGCAGAAUCUGUUAAAGUAAAUGUCACACCCCAAGCUUAUAGCUGGGAGCCCUUCCAGGGUGCCAGGGUGUGUGGCCCAGAGAUUUAACCAUUCCAUGAUCAUGUUAGAGUUACUUAUUCAAAGUGAACAGAUUUUAUUAAUCAUGGGUUUUUGUUAAUUUGCUUAAGAUUAAUUAUGGUAGUAGAUUUGGAACCUGAAAAUUAUUUUUCUGUAUCCAACUUUAAACCUCUCAUUAUGCUAAUACUUGUUACACUUGGACAAAUUCUGACAUUUCUCAUCCUUUGCCAACAAACUACCUUAAGUGCAUCGUAAUUGUUCUCUAGGAAAAGAGAAUUUAAAAAAUUUCAAAACAUUUGCCUUUUAAGGAUGACACAGAAUGAUAUAACUGGAAUAAUGAAACCUUAGCUUAAAUUUCUUGCUAGAGCUUUGGCACUUAAAAUGACAGGUGCACUAAUAUUUUGGCCUGCAAAAGUUUAUUUUCUCUACUCACUUUUUCAGAAAUUCAUGGAAAUUUCCCUCAAAGGUGGAAACUUUGAUUUUUUUUUCCUUCCUUUGUGAUAUGUCUUAGUUUCAGUGAAGUAAUUUUCCCUAAGUUCUAGAAUUCUUGAAGGAGCAUCAAUUAAUUUAAUGUAUUCUGUGAUAAAGGAGGUACUCAUAGUAUACUGCACAAAUGUGUUUUUUCUUUUCUAGCGCAUUGUGUGUUGCUAUAACAGUGUUCUUUAUAUAUUACAUGAACAAAUAAAGGAAAUUCAGAUAAUUUAAACUUUUGUUAUCUCUUAAGGAAAUAGGUUUUAAGUGGCACGUGGCUUAACUGGACUGAAUUUAAAUAUUUUGAACUUCAUCUCGUUUGCAAUCUUGUGUCAGAAUCUUGUCCAAGUUGUUUCAUGUGAUAAUCUAGUGUUCUGCUUCAAACUUUUUUUUUGUAAUUCCUGUCUUUUUUUUGGCCUUUGAGAUUUUGGUAACUGUAGAGUUGUUUUAUAAGCUUUGUAAUUCAAAAGACACUGUACUUAGUUAUUGCUGGUUUCACAUAAUUAAUAAUUUUAAAAAAGGUUUUCUUUGUGUGCUGUUAAUUUUGAUUAAAUGUCAGCAGUUUCUAGCCUAGUAUUUAUGACUUUCAUAUUAGGAAUUUGGAGACAAAAAUACAUCAAGGAGUAGUAAUGUUGACUUAAUCCUAAGAAACCUUGUUUGUCUUUUAGAAUAAAAUUAGAAAAUAAAAUUAAUGUCUGCACCUUUUUUCCUUGAUUUUUAAAGAUGCUAGCCUUUGAAACGAAUUUCUAUUGAUUUUUUUUUUUUUUUUCCUUAGAAAAGAUACCUCAGCUAGGAAAAUAUUUCCCAACUGAUUAAUGUUUGUGAGCUACGGACACUGUUUCAGAAUCACCUCUCUCAUAUGUGUCUCAGUCAGAAAUGAUUUAUUUAUUAUGAUACUGUGCAAAUGAUUGUUUUCUGUUAAGGAAAGUAAAUGGUCCUGUCUGUGCUCUUAACUGAGAAUGUGAAUGUGAUUAUCUUUGAAGGCUGUAUUACUGCAUAUAUUCAUCCACCCUUGGGGCAUUUGAUCUCUGAUUGGUGAUAGAAGGUCUGGUUACUGAAAUAAAUGACCUCUUCUCUCUUUUCUCAUC